AUGCCUCUCGUCGUUCCCGGAAUCAACUCAUCCAUGGGUGACAAACCUGACUGGGUCAAUAAGUUGAUGGGAAAGACUAUUGGAGACAACAGCAACGAGACAUCUUUUGCCAAACAAGACUUGCCACAGUCUCAUCGUGUCUUGAAGCCUGGUGAUAUGAAGACUAUGGACCAUGACCCCAACAGACUCAACAUCCACGUCAACGAAGAGGGUGCUGUCCACGAUGUGAACUACGGAUAG